AUGCAUCCAACAUCCAACGUGGAGGAAGGAGCCUCCUCGGAGGAACCUCCCGCGAAGGUUGCACGCCACGAAGACGACAUAAAAACGCAUGCGGAGCAGGCUGCGAGGGAGCUCCACGAAAGGGUUACGCUCUUUAUUAGAUCUACGCAGAUUCAUAGCCGCGGCGAACUGAUGAAUGGAGUUUUGCGUGAUCACCGGGAAGCUCUAGGUAUCCAGUCAUGGUACGUUGCAGGUGAUGAUGGCUCCGGGACGGAGCCCACCAUGAUUCUCCGUCCGGAUGCCCCUGUUGAGUGUAUCUUUGUGAAGACGUCACGAAAGCCGUACUUUCUGUUGGAGUGCACGGAGGGCGGGGAGGCGGCGAAGGCAUUUGUGGGGAAACUGACGGGGCUGCACAGCACGGCGUACAAGGGCCACCCAUUGUUCGUGGAGGUGGCGAAGGAGGGUAUCACGGUGUCCGGGGAGCGAAGGAAGCUAGAAAUGCGUGACGCCGCAAAACGCGCGUCGUCUGCGCGCAGCAAAUCCCCUGCGGGCACCGCUGCUGUACGGCCACCCACGGCCACGACGUUUGUUCCGCGCGUGUUACGGUGA